UCGAGUGAAUGAUCACCACAAACGCCUUCACUUCUGGGACACUGCCCUGGCGCUGGCUUUGCCUUGCCUUCGGACGAAAACUGUUCUGAGGAUUGGGAUUGUGGCUGGCUUACAGGGAUGUUGAAGUAGGAUUGUGUCAUGCAGAGUUCAGAUAGUUCCCAGAGGCCAUAGCUGAAGUCAUCGAACCAUGGGUUGCAUGUGCUGCUGUUUCAGGUCCCCAAAGGAGGAGGAACCAAGUUCUCUUGUCAAGAAGGGCGAUGACCCAUCGGGAAGUCCAAGGAAGUCCUACGGUGCUAUUACAAUUCAAGAAGAAACGCCUGCUUCAAAGCUCAGUUCCCCUCCCAGAAAAUCACCCGAAGAACUGUUGUACUCCGACAAACCAAAAUCAGCCCGUGUGAAAUCCCCAGAGCCCCAAAAAGAUGGAGAGACCUCCAACUCUGGGGCAUCUCCUGAAAAGAGGACAUUGGCAGAGAUUGCCGUUGCUGCCCAAAAAGUGACCAGUGCCUUCCAAGAUAAAAAGAAAUCCAGGACUUCCUCCUCAAGCCCCACAGUGGACACCAAAGGCCAUGCAGAAGCAGAAGAAUAUGCGGAGCAAGGAGUUGAUGUUCCAUUAAUUUCUCCUGGAGGUGAUUCAAAUGUGCAUGACAAUGCAUCAAUGGAAUCGGACACCUGCCACUCAAUAGGCGAGGAUGAGGAGGAAGAAGAUGAAAGUGAGGAUGCAAGGAUUCUUCGCAUGUUGCCAAGUGUUCCGCCACCCCCAUCUUCAGAUGGAUCACAAAGUCAGCUGGUGCCCAAGUCACCGUCCCCGGGAUCAUCAUCUCAAGAUAUAUCAAUGGACAAGAAGCAGUCUAAGGCCAAGGACUUCAUGAAAAAAGCAGGGAAGAGUAUGAAGAAGGCCAAGAAGAAAGUUGGUAAAGGGAUGGAUAAAAUGAUACAUCAUAAGAAGAAGGAGGAAUCAAAAAGCCAGGAUAAUACCAAAGAAAGAGCUGACUCAACAAGUACAAAUGAGACUUCAUCAUCCAGCAAUAACCAGUUCACACGAGUCAGCUCAGAGCGCAUGAAAUCAAAGUAUGCACGAGAUAGACUAGCUGCUCUAGAGAAGAAGAGGGAGGAAGAAGCAAGCCAUAAAACUUCACAAGGAAUUACAGAUCCAAGACAGGCUGCUCUGGAGAGGGGCGAGAAGCUGGGAGAGCUCGAGGAUAAGACGGAACAGAUGCGUGACCAGGCAGCAAGCUUUGCUCACAACGUGAGUUUGUUGAAGGGCCGUCAUGCCUCGACGAGUUGAUGAAUGAAGCACUUCUCCAACGUGGAAUCCCCCCUUCUCUUCCUCUUCUUCUCUAAUUUUCUACCUGAUGAGACAAUGUAUCACUGUGGAUGGAGAAAUCAUUAUCAUUAUUUGAUGAGAUGAGAGAGAAAUGAAGUGUGAUAUACAACACAAGACAGAAGGGACCUUAAGGUGAUAAGUAGUAGUCCCAUUGUCUGUUUCUAAUGUAGAAAUGCUCAGAGAAAGUCUUCUCUGAGCCAGUAUUUCAUGAAAACGGAUAAUAUAUAGCCUACUGAGGCCUGAUUUUGCUGUAUGAAAUUACAUUUUUAGGUAAAAUCCGAUUAUUCCAGGUAAAUAUUUGAAAAAGGCCAACUAACAGUAAAAUAUUCUCAAAUAUUCUUAAAUGUUAGAAUUAUUGAUCAUUGUAUUAUUUAUGUACAUCUCUUACAACUGCAAUAGAAAUCAAGUCACAACUGUAAAUUUAAGUCCCCAAUUUUCCACGAUAGAGAAAACAAAAGAAAAUUUGAAUUUCACAGAAUUUGGGAAGAGCACUUAAUUUCAUAGAAACACGUUUCUUUUUCAGAUAAAAAAUUUGAAUUCUGAAAAGUACACUGAAAAUCGUGAAAAUUUAAUGAAGUCCAGUAAAAAGAAUUUCUGUUUCAUUCUAUAAAACAACUGCUAAUCACCAUUCUUGCAUUGUUUAUCACAUGUUUACAAGGUCUUCACUAUCAACAAUAAUUGCAUUAUGAUAUAUGUUUUGUCACAGAAGGACACAAACACCAAAUUUGCAUUGAAAUGAAACAGAAAACUUUACACAAAGGUGAUAUUUCCUGUCAAAAAGGAUAAAAUAUGUACAGUUAUCAUCUAUACAGAUGCAUUGCCUUGCAUAGCAUGUUGAGUUUUCUUACACACAUGUUAACCCAGAUUGUGUUUUUUUCUCCUGUGUGUGUGUUUUAAACUGGAGAUGUGCAUGCACAUACCAUCAUUUAGAGUGGAUAAAGCAGUGUAGAAUGACUGUUACAUGUCAUAAGCAUGAGUAUUAAUCAAAGUGAUGUCAAUCUUUCCCUGUUCUGAAAAUUUGCUGGUUCCACUUGAGAUAAAGAUAAAUAAAUUGACUACCAGUAUAUCUAACAUGCUUAAUUCUUUAA